UCCUAAAUCCAGUGACCUUCUACAGCCAUGGCUGGACUAGGCGCAGCUUUCCGUCGUUUAGGCGCUGUGUCCGGAGCCAGUGCCUUGGGGUUGGCCACCUAUGGGGCGCAUGGUGCAAACAUCCAGGACUCGUAUCGUAAGGAGCUUUUUGAAAAAACCAACAAACACCACUUCAUCCACAGCAUGGCUCUGCUCUGCGUCCCCCUCUGCAGCAAACCGGUCUGGGCAGGGACUUUGUUUACCUCCGGGAUCUCCCUCUUCUGUGGCAGCUUUUACUACCACGCCCUGACAGGAGACACCACUGCAAUACCAGUUGCCCCUGUGGGGGGCUCCCUGCUCAUUCUUGGCUGGCUCGCCCUAGCUCUUUGAGGUGCUUCUCCUGUAUUGUCCCACCCUACCAGUUUUCAGACUAACUUCUUUAGUCAUGAAGCAGCAAGCCUAUUUUUGUUCCAGCACUCCGGUUGUACCUGGGAGAAACAACCAACAUCCAGUGGGAGACUGGGGAAUUUGAUUUCUCAGUCUUUGCUGGCAUUUUGUUUGGAGAUUGGAAGUGAGAAGACAAUUAAAAAUGAAAUGUAGAGAA